AUGCCUACGGUGACAUUGGAGUUCGAUGCGAUCCUCUUUGACAUGGACGGUACCUUGGUCGAUUCGACCGAUGGUGUCGUCGGCGCGUGGGAGCUCUUUGCGGAGAAGUAUCCUGGUCUUGACGUGACCCAGGUCUUGAGUUCAUCUCAUGGCGUCCGUACCGUCGAGAACUUGAGGAUACAUUGCGGCGUCACCGAUCCAGAUGAGCAAGAACGUGAAGCUAGGCGCUUCGAGGAAGCCAUUGUCGCGGAGUCUAAGAAGAACGGACGGCAUGGCAUUGUUGCCCUCCCUGGCGUCCGCGAAAUCAUGGCCGAGAUAGGUCCCUACCACAAGCUACCGAAACCCAAGUGGGCCAUCUGCACCUCCGCGACUAUAGUGUAUGCAUCCUCGGCCUUGAAAGCAGUCGGCGUUCCAAUCCCAGACGCCUUCGUCGUCUCCGAGGACGUGGAGAAGGGCAAACCUGAACCUGACCCCUACUUGCUUGGGGCCAAGCGCGCUGGUGUAGACCCUACCCGCUGUCUCGUGGUCGAGGACGCUCCCGCAGGCGUUCGUAGUGGACAAGCUGCAGGCUGUAAGACACUCGGUUUGAUCACUUCUCACAGCCGCGAACAGAUGGAGGCAGUCAAGCCAGAUUGGCUUGUCCCUAAUCUUGCUAGCGUCUCGAUGAAGCCUACCGAGAAUGGUGUGCAAGUCGUUAUCAACAUAGACUAA